CGCCCAACGACCAUCCCCCUCGACCACCUACCCACCCACCCACACCGACGACGACAUGGUCCGUUACGCCGCCACCGAGAUCGAGUCCGCCAAGAGCGCCCGCGCUCGCGGUUCCUACCUGCGUGUGUCGUUCAAGAACACCCGCGAGACUGCGCAGGCCAUCAACGGAUGGAAGCUGCAGCGCGCCCUCACCUAUCUCGACAACGUCCAGAACAAGGCCGAGGCGGUGCCCAUGAGGAGAUAUGCUGGGAGCACUGGCCGUACUGCCCAAGGCAAGGCAUUUGGUGUGAGCAAGGCUCGCUGGCCCGUCAAGUCGGCUGAGUUCUUGUCCUCGCUUCUUAAGAACGCUGAGGCCAACGCCGACACCAAGGGUCUGGAUACCUCCAACUUGAUUGUCAAGCACAUUCAGGUCAACCAGGCACCAAAGCAGCGUCGCCGCACAUACCGUGCUCACGGUCGUAUCAACCCAUACAUGAGCAACCCAUGCCACAUCGAGCUGAUCCUGACCGAGGGCGAGGAGGUCGUGCACAAGGCCCCAGAGACUGUCGCCCGCACCGCGCACCUCAAUUCCCGCCAACGUGCUACACGCCAGAAGAAGGCCAUCACUGCCGCAUAGGUCUGAUACUCAACUUGGAAUUGGCUGGAGACAGGCGGAGUUUGAUAGGUGUUUCGUAGAGGUCGAAUGGCGCAUGAUGACAAGCCACCAAUUUCACCACGAGAAACGGCGAGGGGAAUGGCAAAUGGACAUUGCAUGUCGGCAGGGCACACGCGGGAGUUCUAUACCAUUGCUUGACGCUGCCGCUGCCGCUUCUGCAUUCUGCAGUAUAGAGUGCACGCAUUAGACCAGCUCCAUGUAUGUCUCAAACGAAUCCAAAAAGCUUGAAUUCACC